AUGGCUUCCCCCGAAACCCAAAACCCGCAUCCAGAAUACGGGCUCUGCUGUCCCUCCGGAGGCUCCUUUUACAUUUGCCUAUCGAUCCUGCUCCGCUUCCUCGGGUGCAGCGAACCGGCCCCGUGUUCCAACGGAGGCCAAUGUCCCGUUAUCGAGCUCCGCCCAGUCAGCUAUGACACUUGCCCGGAUAGUCACCAACACGACGACAACGAGGGCCUCGCAGAGCAAUUCCUCUCCCCGGCACAUAACAGCUAUUCAGAGCGGACUGGGUUCGUAGUUGGGCUUAGUGCCACGGGACUCGUUCUACUUGUCCUAGGAAUCGCGGCUUUGAUAUGGAGGAAGAAGAUAAAGAACGCAGUGCAGUCCUAUAUGAGACCUCGUCAUUCUGCCAAGAACCAAAGCGACGGUCGUAGACCUAUACUAGAGUCGGAGAAUUCGUCGGCCGCAUCUAAUGGCACUGCUCACUCUUACAAGAUGCACAAGCGACGGGGAGUUACGAACUUGCGGUCCUCUGUUUAUCUGAAAGCUUGA